GUGCCUGGCCCCACCAUGCGCGUGCUCUCUCUCAGCGCUGGACCCACGCGCGUGCCUAGCCUUUCCACGCGCGUGCCCUCUCAAUGACGCGCGCGGGCGGGGCGGGGCGCGGUCACGUGUGGCCGUGGCCGCGCGCCUGCGCAGCGUGGUCACGUGCUCGCGGCGGCCCGGCGGAGAGUUGAGCCAUGGCGGGGUCGGGCGGAGGUGCGAAGGAGGACACGUUCAAUGUGCUGGACCUGGCAGAGUACACCAAGAACCGGCCCUGGUGGCGCAAGAUCUUCGCUCCCAACUCGGGGUCGAGCGCUGAGAAAUACAAUGUGGCCACGCAGCUGGUGAUCGGAGGGGUCACGGGAUGGUGUACUGGAUUCAUUUUCCAGAAGGUUGGAAAGCUGGCAGCAACAGCGGUGGGAGGUGGCUUUUUCCUGCUUCAGAUUGCAAACCACACAGGAUACAUCAAAGUGGACUGGAAGCUAGUAGAACGGGACGUGAACAAAGCCAAGCAGCAGCUGAAAUUUCACAGCAGUGGUAACAAAAUGUCUCCAGAAGUGAAAAGCAAAGUGGAUGAGGUGAUCAUAUUUAUGAAGAAGAAUGUUAUCCUGACUGGAGGGUUUGCUGGAGGAUUCCUGCUCGGAAUGGCGUCCUAGAAACUGCGCUCGACUCUUCCUUCAUGCCCAGCCUGCCCUGCCUUCUUCUACUGCUGUUCUCUCUCACUUAGAAGUCAAAGGAUGUUGCUGGCAGGCUCAGUCUGUUCUGCUCACAGGUUCCAGCCCUUAUUUUUUACAGCACUGCUUUCCAUUUCCAACCUUUCCUGCUGUCUGGACUGUUAGGGUGCUGGGAUCAGUCUUUAUGUAUCCUUGUGAUUCCUUUCCCCACUAAAUAUGCCCAGUCCCAAAUUUUCUGAUGAGUUACAGCCUUAUAAACAUGUAGUGGCAGAGAAAUAUCUUAAAUGCGCUUCUUCUCAGGUGCAUACGGCUGUUACAUGUACCUGUCUGCCAGUAUAUGUGUACAACAGCUGUUAGCUGUUCACUGCUAUUUAGCUUGCACUUUUUCUACCCUGGUACCUGGAAAGCUCUGUGAUGGUGUGUGCAAUCCAAAAUGUGCUUGGCUGUCCUUGGGUGGCUGCAGAAGUGUCCGAGAACAGUCUGGGCUGUGUCCAUGGCAGGUGGAUAAGGAGCGAGUUCAUGCUAUGUGUGAUGCUGGGGGUUCUGCUCUCCCCCUGCCAUUGCACUGCACACAGAUAGCUGUUUAGCUUCUUCUUUGCUGUUAUUUAUACCCCUCAGUGGAACUGCAGCACUGGCACCACUGAUGGAAACUGAGUGCUGUGGGUGACUCUCCAGGCCCUUUCCUUAUCAUGUGUUCUGAAAUUCAGCGAGCUUCCUGCACUGUGGAGCUCUUUUCUGGCUUGCUAGCUGACAGCUCAGCCUUUGAAAUGUGCUGAGGUGCUCUCUUGUGGUGGGCAGCCUUCCAGCUGUCUGUGUCAGGCAGCGUGCAUUUCAGCUGCGCCGCUUACUGUAAAUCACCUCGGGCCUCAGACUGGUGUUUCGAGGUCUGCCAUGACCUUCUCUGGCCACCUUGGUGUUGUGAUGCUUUUAGAGCUGUAACCAUGCGGCAUGGGAUCGCAGAUGGGAAACGCACCCCUGUUUAGGGUACAUUGCCCUGCUCCAGGGUCCCUGUUGCCAGCUCAACCGGAGGGGUGGGAGAGGAUGUGAAAUCUGGAGUGCAGUCCUUUGCCUGCCUCUGCAUGAACUCUGUCCCCUCGGUCUCUGCAAGCAAUUGAAAUGACAAAACUGUUGGGAAAGCCGGGUUGUGCUCUUGUGUGAGUGGCUCAUUUCCAUACUUUCUGUCUUGGUUAUGUUCCUUCCUUCUUUGCAUUUACCAUUUCCACAAAAAAAAAAGCUGCUUGCUUAAUUCCGUCAGCCGCAGCCCUUCUCUUGCAGGUGGGGAGGCAACCUAGACGCAGAGCUCAGCUGGUUGUGGACAGUCUGUCCCAGUGCAGCUGUGCGCAGAGCAGAGCUCAAACCUACAAGAGAAAAUUAAAAAAAAAAGCCCAACCCAGAGCCUUCAAGGUGUUCUGAGGUGUUCUGCACUGGGUGUGCUGGGCUCGCGUUGCCACUUUCCAGAGUGCGCAGGCUUCCGUGGUGGUGGCGGCGAGGUGUCUUCCAGCAGGUACAGGUAGGAGUUCUUGCCAAGAAUGUUUUUUCUUAUGUGAAAAUCACCUCAUCCUUCAGUGGGAAACAUGCCGGGGAGGCAUGAUGCACAUGGUGAUGGGGAUGCAGCACCUGGCUCAGCGGCUGCACCCUGUCGCCAGUGCUGCGUGUUGCCUUUCUGAUCAUCGCUGCCGCUCGCACUGUGGCUAGAAAAGGGGAUCUUCCCCGAGAGCUGCUGGAACGGUGGAUUCGUCCACCAGAGGUUUUGGGAUGAGCGCUUGCGGUUGUUAAUUUUGUCUUGGCUCUGUUGAUUGAAGUGCCAGUGUAGCAACACAUUGAUUUAGCUGAGGUUUUCUCCCCUUCAGGAUCUGAAAAGGGGCUGCAGGUAAUCAGGAAACAGAAUUUGGUUUCUUUGCUCCUGUUCUGCCAUACAUGGCCAAGGGGAAUGAAGGAGCAGCUUGGCUCAUGUCCUUUUAGUUAUUGUCUUCCUAAAAGCUGUCCAGGAGUGAUAUGAUGCAGCACAUAGGUCUUCAGUAAAUUGGUGUUUGGGAGUUGAGUGACAGGUGGUGGUGGGGUUUUUUGGUGGUUUUUUUUUUCGGUUGGUUGUUUUGUGUUUGUAGGAACCCUGCAGGGCUGAACGUUCAUGAAUUAAUACAUUUGUAUUGCAGGGCAUCUCUUGUUCCUGUAGGAAAACAGCAUUGCUGCCACUCUGCCUGGUGUGCUGCAUAAAACAACUUCUUCUGAGAUGCACUUAUGUCCACAAAGCUUUCUCCAACGAUAAAACUCAAAGUAAAUCGUUAACAGACCUUAGGGAUGUUUUUCAGGCUCAAAUAAGUCCCCGUUUCUCCCCAGGGAAGGGUGCACUGGGUUCUGCUCCACAGGGUCCCGACUUGCUGCUAUGGAGAGAAAUGACCCAGAGAGGGAGCUAAAACGCCUCAAUUGCUGCCGGAAAGGGAAAACAAGCGACAAAAUCAUGUUGAGUUUGAUGUGAAUGCAGGUUGGGAACAGACAGGGACAUCAGGAUCUGGCGAAUCUUUCUGCUGUGCCAGCGUUGGGCUGGUGGCAGGUACCGUCUGGUGCUGUGGGCCCACACUGGGAGCUUUGAUGCUGCAUCAGCCUCUGCGGGGAUGCGUUUUCAUUGUUGCAGGUGCCAAGAUGAGGUGUUCCACCCCCCUGCUCCCACCCCUGCUCCUUUGGUCUUGUUUCAACAACUUCUGGCAUUUGUUCCAGUAUAAUAAGGUUUAAAACACACUAGGCUUUUAAGGUGUUUUUAUAUAUUGUAUGUAAAUGCUUGUUGAAGUGAUAUUUUAUUAAACAGUUUUGCUCUAAUA